AUGUCGGCGAUCAGAUCUGGCCUGGUGGACAUCUACAUCCACGGACAAUGGCACCGGGUGCUCGCCACCUUGGAUCCGACGGCCAUAACCCUCCAGGUCAGUCCGAGAAUGAGGAAUGGGAAUGAAAAACCGGUUAUCAGUGGCCCCACCUUCAUUUCCUUUCUUUUGAUAACAAACACCUGUCAUGUUCAAUUUCGGUUCUCCAAUAUUUAAACUCUGACGCUAUUAAACAAGAUUUGAGAAUAUAAAAGGCUCGUUAAAUUUCUCCAAUCUAAUGAUUUUAAGACAUUGUAAAGACACUGUCUUCAAUGAUAAAGUCACCAAAAGCCUUACUUUUAUGCAUUAGUAUUAGAAAGGGUUCAGUCUUGAAAUUCCUCUCAAGAAGUUUAACUAAUGCUGUCAGCAUAGAAAAUUUAGAUAUUCAAGUCUCCAACUUUUGGUUUCUAAAAAGUUGAGCAGUUUUUCGAAUUAUGAGGCCACUUAAAAGGUUAAAAAUCAACUAAAACCUUUAUACUUUCGUAAUCCUAAUCAUUAUGAAGUUCUUAUUCGGAACUGCCACUUAAAAUCAUUGGAAAAAUAUCUCAAGACUCAACCUUCAAUUCAAAAAAGAACACAUGCAAUUUUCGUUCACUUUUUUCCUAUUCUCUCUUUUCGAAGCAAAUUCAAUUCGUUCGGAGAGAAGCAAAUUUACAUGGCCUGAGGGCCUAAAUAAUAGCCUUUCGGCCGGACAUAAAUCGACGGGAAACAAACAUCUCAACGUUCCCCCUUUUGAAGAAACGAAAAAUAAGAAUACAAUGAAUCGAUGAAUUUGACGCGGCUGGAAAAUUGAGCCAGGGUUAGCUCAAAUUGCAUUAGGCGUUGUGCCACGGACAAAUUAGCGACAAGUUUGCGGAGUUUGUCAUAUAAGGCAACACAAUAAAGAUUGAAAUGAACUGAAACUCGAAGAAAAAGAGAAUAAACGAGCAGAAAAAGACAAAAUAAAGAAGUGCAUGAAAAAAUCGGCGAAAUUCAUUAAAAAAAGGAAAAAUUGUACUGAAAAGCGUCAAAAUUAUAUUAUCCUGUGAGACAUUUUAUACCGUCGAUUAGCCAUAAGCUUACAUAAAUAAGAUACCAAAUAAGGAAAAAAAAAUGCAUUUUUUUAAUGGAAUUAGAAAAUAACGUGAAGCUGGAGUUUAGUCCGCAGUCACGCUUUUUACGCACCCAGGAGCUAUACACCGUGCUUGCAAUAUAUUAAUAUCUGCUUUUCCUGUUUUUCACGAUUUUAUCGUUAUAAUCAUGGCGUUCCUCCUAAGAUUAGUCUUAAUCCCACAGCCUUGGCCGGACUAAGCUUAAGCAUAUCCAGAUGCGCGAUAAUAAAGGAUUUGCGGCGCUUAUUCAUCAAGAAAGGUAUUACUUAAAGUGAAAUAUUUUCUCUCCGUUAAAUUUUCGAUCUCAGACAAUGGAUCAAAACAUCUACGACGUUGAAGCGGAGAAGAGAACAGUCCGUGUAGUCAAAUACGACGGAAAUGGCCUUGGGAUCUCAAUAAAAGGCGGAAGGGACAAUAAUAUGCCGAUUAUAAUUAGGUAAAGCCUUUUUCUGAAACUUACAUUAUCCGCUAACUUCCUACAGAGUUUGAAAGACUGAGGAAUACUCUAUCAUUUUUUUCAUUUUUCUAUAUUUUUUUGUGUAAAACUUAUUUUUUUUUAGCAAAAUAUUCAAAGGGAUGGCGGCAGACCAGACCGGAGAGUUAUUCGUCGGUGACGUCAUCGUCUCGGUGAACGGCGAGAAUCUUCUCGACGCCACUCACGACGAAGCCGUCCGAGCGCUGAAGCGAGCUGGACGAGUGGUCGACCUCCAAGUUCAGUACCGAAGGGAUGACGUCAUGAAUCGGGAGAACAUCGUCGAGCACGUCGAAUGGGACGACGACCUCCGGGAUCGUGUCAGGACAAUCGGACUCAAAUUAGCUUAUGUUGCUCGAGCUGGGAUUGACGCCGAUGCGGAAGGAAGGAUUUUUGAGGUGUGGCUUUAUUCAAGUCUUUUACGAUUGUGAGUAUGUUCUUUAAUUGACUUCACAGGCGUUUCCUUUUUUCGAAAAUCACUUGAGUGGCCUUCAAGGUUCCUGUCUGUGCUGAAGUUAACUUUAACAAAGUGAUUUGAAUUUGUUUCAUGAUUGGCUUCAAAAUUUUCUUUCGGGGACUUUUCGAAAAAAAAUCAUUUUAGUGGUCUUUUAGUUUUUCUCUGUGUUAAAGUCAAGGUCUCUAAAAAGCUUUCGAGAAAAAAAGUUACUUGGAAAAAUUAAAAUUAUAGAUAAUUGAAAAUAGUCUAAGCUCUGAAAAAGACGUUUGAGAACGUACCGAAAUUACUUAAUAACUGCUUUUUUUCUUCAGAUUUUUUUAAUGGAAAAAUUUUUUUUUUUUCGUAGAGUGUUCCUUAAAGUUUUGACUUUUUUUCUUCUCAAAGGACUAAUUUUUUUCCAGAUGAGAAGCCCCUCCGGGAGGUACUCCUUAGCGUUACGAUGUGGAAGCUCGGAAGAAGCCGACGCCUGGUUUGAAUCCCUACACGCUUGCACGACGGCCUUACUCACCCAAGCUCUUGCUCAAGUCAAUAUAAUGCUCGGUGGAAAUCCUCAGGUCCGAAGGAUGGGCUGGGUGGCGGAACAGGUGAGUAUGGGCUUUUUUUGAGACUUGUCUUUAGCUUACUGAUGAGAACAAUUUUUAUAUAUCCUUUAUAAUUAGAUAAAGCUUACUAGAUGCAGUUUCUGACGCUCAUUUUCUCUGAAACUGUUUAGAAGGUUUUGGAAAAAGUUUGUGGGUUAUGAGUUUCAGAAAAGAAUUUCCCCAAUUUUUAGGCACGUGUUGGCUGGAACGCUUUAAGCCUUCGAAGUUUUUUGAAAAAUUUGAAUGUGUUUGAAAAAAAAAACUCCAUUCAGCUAAAUUUGAUUUUCAAAAUAAAAUAUUAAUUUCAUUUGUCUUAAUAAGCUAGGCCAGCUCUGUUAAGUAGUUUGAAUCUACAGUUUUCAUUGGUUUGCCAGAUAGGAAUUAGUGGUCGCCCACGGCGGGACUUUUGGAAGAAACUGAGUUCACUAGUUCUUUUAUUUUGGCCCCAAAUCUGCGCUCGGAAACGAAAUAUGAGGCGUUUGAGAUGAGUUAUGAGCGAUCGAAGAUGAAAAAAAAAAUAUUUGUUUAACUAUUCAAAAAAUGACUCACGAGAGUCAUUAGAAUUACCUACUAGUUAGCAUUAAAAAAUCAUGUUUUUUUUUCCAGUAAAACGAAAAGCUCGAUUCCUAUGAGCUGUAGGGUCAACAAUAUCUGCCUAUCUUUCCAAAAUGAACACACACGGAAUGUUGAUCGAUUUUUUUUUGUUGCAAAAUCGGGCGUUCAUAACUUUCUUCAAAUUUUCUCAUCAAUUUUUUUAGGCAGAUUAGGAAUCAGCGUAAAUAACUGCAUCUAGUUGACCAAAUCUCAUUCAGAAGUCCUAGUUCGAGCUGAGACUUUCACCAUUUCAGAAAAAAAACUCUUCUUUUUUCAAUUCUCUGAAAAAACACGUGCUUGGACCUCGGUAACGCAAAUCGGACGCGCCCCGGACUUUCUGAGCAUUUCUAGGGAUCCCUUUAGCGAAGUCAGUCCUCUUAAGUGUUCACUGCAAAAUAUCAGGAACCUCAAAGGCGCGUCCGGUCGUUAUUGAAGUACGAGUGAUGAGCCAAUCAGAGAAAUUUAUCAUUAGAGUUCACAAGCUGCUUAGAAUGGCUAUGAUAGUUCUUUCAGAUCUCCGAGGAAGGCAUCACGAUGUGGAAGCCCAAGUUCCUGACUCUAACCAACAGUGAGCUUCUCUUCUACGAAGCCGUCCCACAACUUAAACACGAAUGGGCGGAACCACGGUUAUCACGUCCAUUGGUGGCGACCAGAGUCGUGCAGACGACGGCCAGAACAGCUCCGGUCAUCAAAGGCCUCACUGACGUCAUCUCCUUCCGGAUUCGAACGGGAACCCAGCAAGGCGUCCGAACGCACACUCUUCGUGUCGAGACCCACGCCGAGCUGGCCAGAUGGGUCAGGGCCAUCGUCAUCGGCGGAUACGAGGCUUGUCUGCAGACUUCGCAGGUUGGUGCUGUGGUUAAUGAAAAUGUAAUGGAACUAGGGUUUUUCUUUGCGAGGGCUGGCCCGUUGCUCAAUUUUCAAGCCUGUCCGAAAAGGGCAAAUUCAAAUAUCAGACUUUUCUACGACAAAAAAUCACGUUAUUGGUUCUUACUUGAUUUGGUAAAGAACAAAAACUAUGGUUUGAAAAGUAAAGAGCAUUUUUUAGUGAUGAAACUUUUGGUUUAGGGUUUUUCGAAACUUAGCCUGAGCCCGUGCAGGUUUUUACGCAAAAAAAAGCCUAAAGGCUAAGCCUGGUUAAACGAUCGAGGUAUUUGUGAGACGGUAAAGGGCUCCUGAAACUAGUUCUCAUGAAUAUCUGAACAUUUCUCUUUUUCGAAUCAUGGGAUUUAUUUGGUGUAGAUUAUCACUAUGGGUAUCUGUAUACAAACUUUCUCGAUUUUCGAAAAAGUAUCGUCUAAGUUUAUAUAUUUUUUUAAAUCAUAAAAAUUGAGAGGGCUGCGACUUUCUGAAGCUGCAGAAAGAUGUCUGGAAUUUUAAUGAGGCUGUAAGAAACCUUAAAAAAAUGCAUGAAGAUCCUUAAAGCCUGCAGAACUUUUGUUUUUUGAGAACGGAGAAAAAAGGUCGCUUUUGUGGGUACUUAUGAAAGAAAAUAUAAACUUGAAGCGUGAUCAAUCAAAAAUUAGAAAGUUGAAACAUCCAGAAUCUGAAUGGACUAUCUGGUGUUGAUCAGGCAAUUUUCGAUUCAUCAUUUUCGAUUGCAGGUCUCAGCCCCAUGCAUUUGGAGAGGUGAAAACUGUGAACUGGUCGUCAACCUCGACACUGGAAUUACGAUGAUGUCGACAACUGGAGAAGUCAGAAAAUUAUCAUAUUUUGUGAUUUUUCGCAGGUUCUCUGGCAGCACUCCUUCGAGUCGAUCCGGGCGACAGGCGACGACGGCGGCCGCUUUCUCUGGAUCGAUUUUGGGCCUCCACACGGGGAACAGGUAAAUUCAUAACAAAUGUUUAUAGAAAACAAAGAAAUCAACAAUAAAAUUGCAGGAGAUGGAUCUGCUCAACUCGGCCAAGCCGGUCGUCUUCAUCCUCCACUCGUUUUUGGCGACAAAAGUCUACCGGCUCGGUCUUUACGCAUAG